AGCCUGGGCGCGGAGUGCCAGGAGGGAGCAUCGAGAUGGCGCUCUCUGAGACCGAACGCUGGAUGGUGCACGCUCUGUGGAAGAAGAUUGGCAGCAACCUGGGAAUCUACGUAACCGAGGCCUUAGAGAGGACCUUCCUGGCUUUUCCCUCUACCAAAACCUACUUUCCACACUUGAACCUGAGCCCCGGCUCUACCCAAGUCAAAACCCACGGCCAGAAGGUGGCCGAUGCACUGAACCUCGCCGCCGACCAUCUGGACGACCUGCCGGGUGCUCUAUCUGCUCUGAGCGAUCUGCAUGCCCACAAGCUACGAGUGGACCCAGCCAACUUCCAGGAUGUUUGCCAGCUUCCCCACCACCAAGACCUACUUCCCUAUGACAUGAGUCCUGGCUCUGCCCAAGGCAAGGUGACAGAUAUGCUCACCAACACCUCAGCCCACCUCACCUCAAUGACCUUCCUACUGUCUUGUCAGAACCGAGUGACCUGCAUGCCCACAAGCUGCAUGUGGAUCCUGUCAACUUCAAGGUAACUGCAGGUAGGCAAGGGGGUUGAUGUAUUGGUGGACCUUGCCCUAAGACCAGAGAACCCCUGGGUUCCAGACAGUGCAGGGCAGGCAGCUGUGGUGUCUAUGGCCACUGAUCUAUGUGCUUCCUCUCUCCACAAUUCCUGAAUCACAGCCUGAUGGUAACCAAGGGGAACCAAUACCCUGAUUUAUUCACACCUGAGUUCCAUGCCUCCAUGGAACUCUAAGCUCUAAGCACAGUGCUGACCUGCAAAUACCAUUAAUUGUAGGCUUGUGACCCUGCCCUAAUCCUCUUGGCCCCUCAUCAGACCCUUCUUCCUGUCCUACACCUGCAUCUCUUGGUGCACCUGGGUUCUGUGUCCCUGGCCAAGGGACCUUUCUGUUGUCUCCAAAAAGGGGACAACUAUUACAGUAUAGCUGCAGAAGGCUCUGACCCAUGUCCCUGUGCUGGGAAAGGCCAGGCAUCCGAGGGAUCCUAUCUGGGUUCUCUUGGCCACAAAGGUGCCUGGGUUGGCAUGGGGAAGUCUCUAAGGGAGAUAUCCCUUAGACCUAGAUCCUCUGUGCAGAUAGGAAGCAAGAAAAGACAGGAAUGGUGAGAAGGGAAGGAAAGAUGAGCCACACAGAGCCCUCUACCCAGGAUUACUGUGCAACCCCUGACCUUGUAGUGCUUGGCUGGGUUCAUUCCUACCCCGGGUUUCAUUUCAGGCUCAACACACACA